AUGACUCAACACGAGGACACUUCGGUUCAAGACGAGCAUACACCUCUGCUAAAUACUCAGCCGGAAGAUAGCAGCAAAAAGUCGAGGACUCCACUACCAAAAGUUCAGAUCGGCAUCCUCACUCUCGUCCAGUUCGUGACACCGGUGUCUGCUCAGAGCAUAUACCCAUACAUCAAUCAACUCAUACGAGAAUUAGAUAUUACACAUGGCGACGAGACCAGGGUUGGGUACUAUGCGGGUCUCAUAGAAUCGAUGUUCUAUGUGUCGCAAGCCUGUACGACGUUAUCCUGGAGCCGACUUUCAGACCACAUCGGACGGAAACCUGUAAUAUUAAUCGGACUCUCAGGCCUGUGCAUAUCUAUGCUCUGCUUCGGCCUGUCGCGAACGUUCCUCACGUUGGUGAUCAGUCGAUGUAUAUGCGGUGUACUGAAUGGCAGCUCGGGAGUCAUGAAGAGCAUGAUGGGCGAACUUACGGACGCGACCAAUAUAGCCCAGGGAUUUGCGCUGCUACCCAUUGUCUGGUGUGUCGGCGUGACAGUAGGACCAUUUAUUGGUGGUAUACUUGCGCGGCCUGCAGAUAGGUGGCCGCAUUUGUUCUGGGGGCAAUUCUGGCACGAAUACCCUUAUUUUCUUCCUUGUUUUGCGAUCACUGUAAUGGUUGCGUUGAUCACGGUAGUCAUCGCGCUUUUCCUCAAAGAGACGCUCCCAAUGCGCAAAGCCAAAACACCAUCGCCUGAAAGCCCUGAAGAUGCUCAGGAUACCUCCACCCCCGACGCUCCCUUGCCCAUGCGUGCUCUUCUCAUCCCAUCCAUCCUCAUUCCAAUCGCGAACAACGGCCUGCUCGCAGUCGUCGAAGCUGGAUACACUGCCCUCCUUCCUCUGUUUUACUCCAGUCCUCCGAGUAUAGGUGGUCUCGGUUUCUCACCUGCUGUCAUCGGUACUUUGUUGGGUUGCUUCGGCAUCAUCGACGGGAUCGCGCAGAUUCUCUUCUUCGCGCCCAUCGUGCAUCGCCUUGGACCAACACCCACGUUCAAGCUCGCAGUCUCAUUUUGCUUUCCUAUCUUCGCGUUGUUCCCGAUCAUGUCGUGGUAUGUCGCGAGAUGGGGUGUCGACAGAGUGGUGUGGAGCUGUCUGGUGCUGCAGCUGUUGCUGCAAAUUAUCAAGGAUAUGGCUUAUGGCUGUGUGAUGAUGCACAUCACCUCGUCUGCUCCUUCCAAACGUUCACUUGGAAGCGUCAACGGUAUUUCUCAAACUAUAUCCGCUACGGCACGAGCACUUGGUCCAGCGAUAGCCACUUCCAUCUUCGCGGCUUCAAAACAAUAUAACCUACUGGGUGGAAACUUUGUCUAUGCGGUUAUGAUGGUUUUGGCAAUUAGUCUAUUGUAUCUUGGGAGCUGGUUGCCAGAUAAGUUGCCCGAGAGGAAGAACUAGAACACAUCUGGGGAGGCUUGGAUAGACGUUGAACGAGGGAGGAUGUUACAGUAGUUUAACGUUUAAGCUUAAGCUCCGUCAGUACCAGCAUCAAGAAUUUAUGCCAAGGUCCCAUUGAACGGCCC